AUGGAGCUGCGGGAUGAAACGGACGACACAGAGGAGUUCUUCAGAUUGGAAGAAAGAAUAUUAGCUCUUAGCGAAGCAAGGGAUAGGACAGUCAUGCAGAGAGAAUUAGAGGAAGGCAGACAAGCACAGGAAGACGACAUUUCCAGAUUCCGCAAAUUCGCGAAAUGGGCAAGGAAGGAAAUGGUGGGACUGACUGGAGUAGCGGUAUCAACUGCAAGUCUUAUCACAGCUCUACUGAUUCAUGGAAGGGGAGUAAUUGUUGGAACAGCGAAAGCAACAAGUAAAGUCGCAAAAGCUCUUGCCCACAUAGCUAAAAAAGGUGCCCCAAUUUUUGUACCAGUCUUUAAUGCCAUCGCAACGGCGCUGUCAUGGGGUGCAAAGGGUAUUGUAUGGUUAGCGUCACACUUAUGGGUCAUGGUAGAUAUAGGUUAUCAUGUAAGGGAUUCGGUGAUAUCAGUUUUAUCGCUCUUGGGAAGAUAUCACAAUUAUGAUAUCUUCCCGAGAGCGAUAAAACUGAUAUCACCGAAUCCCGAGUACGAUAACCUAUUUAUUAUAUACUUGACCUUUAUCAGGGUUUGACACCCAAAAGUAAACAGUUUUGAAAAAAUAGGAUCAUUUUAGAAUUCAAAAAAAUUGAUCAUUUACUGAACAAAUAUGAUUUUAGAAAAUAAAUAGCCAUUCAUAUAAAUAAUAUACAAUUUAAGUCUUUCGUUUUGUAUUAUUGUUCUUGUUUCCUUCGAUAAAACUGUUGACAUCAACCAACACCACUGAUAUAUAUCAGUGACCAACACGAACCUCGAGUCGGCCAUCUUUGUUUUGACAAGGCGCGAAAUUUAGCGGGACUAAAAACGAUAUCCGGGACAAAAAACGAUAUCCGGGACGAUAUCGUUUUUAUGUCCCGCUGCUUCCUACCUGAUAAAGGUACAAGUAUGUGAUACUAGCGGUUACACUGCUGGUGUUCGACUACUUGCAACGGUAAACAUCCACUAAUGUAUAAUAAAAUGAAUACCAUGGAGAGGGAACUAGAGCCUGGCUUUAGGAGGAGCGAAAUGUUAACAAUUAAGGGACCACGCACUAGAAGUGUGGUCACGUUCAACCCAACAACAAUCAGUCCGGGGGAAGAGUUAUACAUCAACAUUCCUAAACUCAAGCUUACCAGUUGUUUGGUCCCAGGCUCGUUAAGUCUUCUGUUUGACUUCAAAAACUCAAACACUAAAAGUCGCUUCAUGAAUAACCUAUCAAAGCUUCUAGCUCAGCAAAAAAUUUCAAGAUUAUAGGAAGUCCAAAAUUUAUGACUUUGACUUAAAGAUUAUUUUCUAUACUAAGGGUAUAGUGAGUGAGACAAUGUCAGGAAAAUCUGGAGUGAACUUUGACUUAAAGAAAAAAUCAGAUAGUGGUGGAAUAGUGAGUGAGAUGAUGUCAGGAAAAACCGGGGUGCGUUCAACAGAAAAAAACAUUUUCUCAACUAAAGGUAUAGUGAGUGAGACGAUGUCAGGAAAAUCCGGAGUGAACUUUAUCUUAAAGAAAAUAUCAGCUACAAGUGGUAUAGUAAGUGAUAUGGAAAUUCCUAAAAGAAGGAGAAUAGCCAAUGACCUGGAACUAGACCCAUUUACAGACACCACCACAGAAACCAAGAAGCGAAAGGCAGACCUGAAAACAACAUUCGGCACACCCACGAAAAGACCAACCCGUGACCACCAAAGAUACCUGAAGGAGUAA